UGAUGAAUAUGAAGCAUAAACGCACAAAGUCACAGAAUAGGAAUGGAAUCAAAAUAUUAGAUUUUGCGUGCUAAAAUAGCAUUUUAAUACAGAAAAUACUCAUUAAAUCUCUCUCAAAAGACUCCCCCAAGGAUGCUUCCAGACACCCUAUUGUUUGCUUUUGCUCUCGUGGACACAGGAUUCAUUCUUUUCGUUUUAGUUUACUAUGUGAUAACACUCUCGGAUUUAGAGUGCGACUAUCUCAAUGCACAGCAAUGCUGUGCAAAGUUAAAUUUUUGGGUUCUUCCUCGUGCUGGAGCCCACAUCUUCCUGGUAAUUCUUCUCAUAAUCAAUGGACAUUGGUGGCUUGUCCUCUUCAACUUCCCUCUCGUGGCAUGGAUAAUAUAUGAAAUUGCCAAAAUACCUAGCGGAAAUAUGGGCAUAUAUGACCCAACGGAAAUCCACAAUAGAGGAAUGGUCAGGAAACAUUUAAGGGACUGCAUGAUUCUUCUAGGAUUCUACUUAAUAAACUUCUUCAUUUAUCUCUAUUGCAUGAUUAUUGCAAUGCUCAAAGGAGAUCCAAUCCGGCGUCACGAAGAGGAAGACAUUGUGACAGAAUUUUGAUCUCACUAUCCUUCUAAGUCAUUUGUGUUGCCCAAGACUGCCCCAGCCCGUGAAACACGAGUGAUGUCCCAAAUUGAGUCGUAUUGCUACCCAUACAGUAUGUUCUGCCACAGAGGUACUUCGGGGACAUCUUAAUAAUGGUCAGGAG